GUGAAUGUCUGGGCGUCUGGGCUGUGUUGGCGUGUCGCCAGCCCGGUGGCUUCCGUAAGAUGUCGCACCGACCCGACCCGGCUGGAUGCACGGAGGCGGGCGAAGGUGGGCCGGCAACCUGCACCCGUGGAAGCAAGGCCAGGACCUACCGGCUGGGCAGCAAGCCGUCCGCAGUCGCACCCGAUGCGGGGGUGGUGCUGGUGGAGAACUACUCGUGGAGGCAGACGCGCAGGGGCAACCCGCUCCUGGUCGUGAGAGAGCGUGACUCCCAGGCGAGGGAGUACUCCUUCAGCGGCAGCUACACGCGUCCCAAUGCGUCCGUGAUCAAGUACUACGUGUGCUUGGCCUGCCGUAAAAAAAAGGAGAAGCGACACCUGCGCAGCACGGAGCUGCCCAGGAUGAAGGUGCUCGGCAGCGGGGAGGUGUACGACAUGCGCAAUGCACUGCAUCUCUGCAAGCCCCUGACCUCAUCGCAGGUGACUGGAAAGCACUAUGAAAGGGACCAGCGUCUGUCGCUGCUCAACUGCUCUGCCCUGUGUCCCAAGGAAGUGUAUGAGGUGGUCCAGAACAACUUCAAGAAGGAGCUCAGCUUGUGUCCGGUUGAGGAGAGGGAAGACAUUCAGAGGCGGCUGCCGUCGUACAAGAGCGUCAAGGCACUCUACUACCGCAAGAUCCGUCCCGGAGGCGUCCGAGGCCUGCGAUUCUCUGCGGCAAUGCAAUCCGAGCAAGCUUCCGCGGAGAUGGAACCAAGCACGGCCAGUUCUCUGGCUGCUGAGAGCAUUCUGCAGGCAGCCGUGCCAAGCGUGCCUCUCAGCUCGCCUUCCUCCGAGGAAGGCCUGCAAGCCACUUCGUGCGCUGCAAAACCGGCCAUGGAGGAGGAGGAAGGCCUACAAGGCACUUCGUGUGCUGCGAAAUCGGCCAUGGAGGAGGAGGAAGGCCUGCAGGCCACUUUGUGUGUUGCGAAACCGGCUGUGAAGGAGGAAUGCCUGGAGGCCACUUCGUGCGUCGAGCAGGCAGUUGAAGAAGCUGUGGACACUCCUCAAGCGUCUGCCACCAGUGGCAAAACAGGGGGGAAACCAAAGUCUAUCCUUGGGGUUCCGGUGCGGCGGUUCUUCUGGAAGCACACCCAGAACGGGAAUCCCCUGCUGGUGGUGAAGGAAGGCGGGGCGUCUGCGAGGGAAUACACCUUCAGCUCCAGGUACGGCCGGCCGGGGCUGCCCCCGGUGAGGUACUACGUCUGCCUGGGCUGCCGGAGGGAGAGGGAGGGCAAGGCCCUGCCCGGGAGGUCCCUACCCCGGAUCAAGGUGCUGGAGGACGGCCGGGUGUUCGACAUGGUGACUGCCCCGCACCUCUGCUCUCCCCUCACCAUGGCACAGGUCGCCGGCAAGCAUUUCGAGAGGGACCACCGGCUCUCACUUCCGAACUGCAGUGCCCGGCGAGCAAAGGAUGCGUACGAAGCAAUGAGGGCAAACCUCUCGGAGCAGCUGAGCAAGCACCCCGAAGAGGAGAGGCAGGACAUUGAGCGGUUCCUGCCAUCCUUCAAAAGCGUGAGCUCGAUGUACUACCGCAAGAUGCGCCAGUCCGGCAAGCGGUGGGUGCCGUACGGAGAGCUACAGCCGCUUGCGCCACGCGCUGGAUUGGAGCCGGCUACGGACACUCCCGGGGAGGCACCGGUCGUGUCAACGACGGAUGUGCCAUUCAUCAGUGACAUGUUCAACACGGAUUGUCCCGAACCGAACGCUUUCAAGGACCUUGUCCUUGGCGCUGCCUAUUCUUUGGCUCCCAAGUGUGUGCUGGAAGUUGCGGAGCAAGACCUCCAGUGUGGACCGGACAAGCUGGACGUCAGCAUCAGCAAUCCUUCGACUUCCGAGUCCACGUCACAAGAUCCUCCCCAACGUGGAUCAGACGAGCUCGAAGUUAGCAGCGAACUGGUGCAAGCUGCAGUGCAGGAUUCUCUCCAUUGCAAAUCGGGCAAAAAUCCUUCGACUUCCGAGUCCACGUCACAAGAUCCUCCCCGACGUGGAUCAGACGAGCUUGAAGUUAGCAGCCAACUGGUGCAAGCUGCAGUGCAGGAUUCUCUCCAUUGCGAAUCGGACAAAUCAGACCCCAGCAGUGCCUAUCCUUUGGCUCCCACGUGCGUGUGGAAAGUUGAAGCGCAGGAUCCUUUCCAGUACGGAUUGCGGGAGGGUGCCACAGACGACGCAGAGCUCGUUGCAGAUGACUCCUCGGAAGUCGACGCGAGUCGAGAAGCUCCAGCCGCUAGCCACUGUGACUUGCAGGAAAAGCAGAAGCCCCCCAAUGGUGUGUCGGUGCGCGAGUUCUUCUGGAAGCAGACGCUCCGAGGGAACCCCUUGCUUAUGGUGAAGGGGGAAGACAGCACGGUGCGAGAGUACAUCUUCAAUUCCAAGUACGGCAGGCCCGGAGCCCCCAUGGUGAAGUACUACGUCUGCCUGGGAUGCCGGAAGGAGAGGGAGGCAAAGGCACUUCCCGGUGGGCCCCUCGCCAGGAUGAAGGUGCUGGAAGACGGGAGGGUCUUCGAUAUGAGCAACACCCCACACUUCUGCACUCCCCUCUCCAUGGCUCAGGUUGCCGGGAAGCACUUUGAGAGGGACCAUCGACUGUCUCUGCCAAACAGCAGAGCUCGACGAGCGAAGGACGCCUAUGAGGAGAUGAGGGUGAAGCUCGCAGACUUUUUAAAUGAGCACCCUGCGGAGGAAAGGGAGGACAUAGAGCGGUCUCUGCCUUCCUUCAAGAGCGUGAAGUCGAUGUACUACCGCAGGAUGCGCGAGUCCGGUAGACGGUGGGCACCAUAUUCCGAGCCGACAAAACAGGUGUCUGGUGCCGAAACAGAGCCUGCCUCGGAAGAAUCUUGCAGGGAGACAUCGGACUUUUCGACAACAUGCAAACCUCGCGCCGAGCGAGCCGCGAUCGGGGAAAGGCAUGGAGUGGGCACGCCCGAUGGACAGGAUCCAAGCGGCGCCUACCCUUUGUCGCCUGCGCCUACCCUUCGUCGCGACGACCUGACGUCUGUCGUGGAAGACGCAGCCGAGUGGGAGCCGAGGCGGGAGGAGGGCACGGCCGAUCCCGGUGACGGAGAGGAGCGGCAGCAGAAGCCCCCCAACGGCGUGCCGGUUUGGGACUUCUCCUGGCGGCAGACACUGCGAGGCAACCCCCUGCUGGUGGUGAAGGGGGAGAACGGCUUGGCAAGGGAAUUCUGCUUCAGUUCCAAGUACGGCAGGCCUGAAGCCCCCCCGGUGAAGUACUAUGUGUGCCGGGGGUGCCGGAAGGAGAGGGAGACGAACGCACUGCCGAGCGUGGCCCUGCCUAGAAUGAAGGUGCUGGGAGACGGGAAGGUGUUCGACAUGAGGAACGCCCCGCACCUCUGUUCUCCUCUCACCAUGGCCCAGGUUGUCGGAAAGCACUUUGAGAGGGACCAUCGACUGUCUUUGCCAAACUGCGGAGCUCGACGAGCGAGAGAGGCCUACGAGGCGAUGAGGGCCAACCUCACGGACUUCCUAAACGAACACCCUGCGGAGGAAAGAGAGGACAUAGAGCGGUCUCUGCCGUCCUUCGAGAGAGUGAGGUCGAUGUACCACCGCAGGAUGCGUAGGACCGGCAGACGGUGGGCGCCAUAUUCCGAGCCGACGAAACCUGUGUCUGGCGCCGAAACGGAGCCUGCCUCACAAGAAUCCAGCAGGGAGCAGUCAGACUCGUCAAGAACGUGCGAACCAUGCGUCGAGGAAGCCGUGGCUGGGGAAAGGAAGGAAGCGAGCACGACCGAUGGGCCAGAUCUCAGCAGCGCCUACCCUUUGUCGCCCGGUUAUUGGCCACCAGCGGCGGCGCUGAACUCUCCUCAGCACGAAGCACCUGAGAAGCCUCGUGACGACUUUACAUCUGCUGCGGGAGACGCUGCCGAAGCUGAGUCCAGGCAGGGGGAGGGCGUAACUGACCGCUGCGACCGAGAAGAGCAGCGACUGAAGCCCCCCAAUGGCGUGCCGGUUCGGGACUUUUUCUGGAGGCAGACACUACGAGGGAACCCCCUAUUGGUGGUGAAGGGGGAGGACGGCUCGGCGAGGGAAUAUUGCUUCAGCUCCAAGUAUGGCAGGGACGGCACUCCCCUGGUGAAGUACUACGUGUGCCGGGGCUGCCGUAAGGAGAUGGAGAUAAACACGCUACCAAGCCAGCCCCUGCCCAGGAUGAAGGUGUUGGAAGACGGAAAGGUGUUCGACAUGAGGAACGCUCCACACCUCUGCUCUUCCCUCACCAUGGCCCAGGUCGUGGGAAAACACCUUGAGCGGGAGCAUCGACUGUUGCUCUCCAACUCUGGGGCCCGGCAGCCGAAGGAGGCGUACGAGGCCCUGAAGGCGAAGCUCGCCAUGGAGAUGAGCGCGCUACCCGAAGCAGAGAGGCAAGAGGUCGAGAGGUUUCUGCCUUCCUUCGAGAGUGUGAAAUUGCUCUACUAUCGUAAGAUGCACCAACGUGGCAAGCAGACAAUGUCCUCGUCUGACGAAGCGCCACCGAGCGAGAGCAAGUGCAUUUCCAGUGCUGCACCAACUUUGGACUUCUUUGGUUGAUGAGGUUUCGUUGAGCUGCUUGGCUACUCGGUGUCUAUCAUCCAGAGAAACUGAUGGGGUCAUGAAGGCCAGCGUCUCCAGCCGUCUGCUCACCGCAUGCCCAAGAGCAGCAAGACUUGGCAAUGCGUCCGCCUAUCCAGUGAGGGUCGCCUGGCCGCCAGAUCGUCCUCAUCAGGAAAGGCAGGCACAGCAAGUAUGCCGACCCGUUGCAGCUGUACUGGGAGGGCAGCAGUUACCAUCUUGUCAU